AUCGUUUAAUUAAUCCCUGAAAAACCACGGGCUAGUCCCCAAAUGGCUCCAUAUUGUAAAAUGAAGUGGACUAGACAGUGUAAACGCCAUUAUCCUCGAUAAAGGGCAAAUAUCUAGGGCAGUAGGGGGCAGUUUGGGAUUCAGCCGCGGAAUGUCUGCUAUGUACCGCCGAAGACGUUCAUUGCUGGAAGUUAGGUGUUGUUGCUUGUCCUUGCAUUUUAUUUAUUUUAAGAGGUUUUGUUUGUUUGUUUGUUUGAAAGGUAGAGGUUCUGCUAAAUUCCUCACAUUGAGCAAACAUCGUCGCGCUUCACUUUUCCAAGCCCUGAGGAGGUUUCCGGUUUUCAUAUUUGACAUCUGCAUUACUUCCGCUAUUGUCUUCAAGAAUGUUAGAGAGUUAUUACAGAUGAUCGGGAAUGAUCUGAGGUUUAGAAUCACGGAAGAGUAACGCACCGUAAGCUUUAUUCAUUGCACAUGCAGUUUAAGACCGUAAAAUGGCGACGUUUUUGGUCACUAUGGUGAUUAUCUUGUCCACGCUGACUUGUGAGAGUGUGUAUGCUGUGUCAGAAACUGCCUCGACCAUGUGGCAGAGCGCACACUCCGCCGUUAAGAGUCUGGGAGAUGAUGCUCACUCCUAUCUGGUAUCCCUCCUGGGAAAACAGACAGUCGACACGCUACUAAAGACCAUAGAAGAAGCCAAAAAAGUGACAUCACAGGCUGCAGCUCAUGCUCUGAAUGUAGUGGCAGCAUACGUCACAGAUUUUCUGGGUGCUGCUGGAGUUGAUGCCAAACUGUUUGUAAAGCGCUUCACCCCUGAAGGUGUGGUCUUCGUGGCAAAGUGGGCCUUGCUGGUUGUGCUUGGAUACUGGCUGCUGUCUUUGGCAGUUUGUCUGAUUGCGGGUGUUGUUAGACGAACCUUGUUUCUGAUAAAAGUCAUCUUUGCCAUUGCCGCAUUCGGGCUGAUUGUGAGUGAUGGUGAAGCCAGUGCCGAAACCACAGCGAUGAGACUAGCUGGCCUGGUGCUCGCUUGUGUCCUGCUGGGUAUUGGACCUUCAUUUUUCAAGGGAGAUGCCAAUGCCCACCUGGAGCAAAAAGUCAAGGGGAUGGAGAAACGGCUGAAAGAGAUGGAGAGGAAGAGCAAAGAAGAAUGAGAGCUACUAAAAUUUGAUAAAGGCUGAAUUGGAUGUGAGCAUGCCAUUGACUCAGUAAUGUGUUAGGUUUUUUUUUUAUUGUUGCUUCAGACAUGGAAUGACUGACAUGUUAGAAACAGAAACGUAAAACAUGUAGAGUCACUACAAUGAAAAUCUUGGAAAACACUGAUUAAGGGGUGGAUGUUUUUUAAGGGUUUGUUUAUUUAUUGGGCAUAUAUUUAUAUUUAUCCAGUUUCCUGUUAUAUUCAGACAAAUGGUGUACUUGGGGUGUACUUGUCUGUCUUUAACUUAUUAUGUUCAUUUUAUUGUGUACAUGUACAUUUUAAAGAAUGAACAUUUGUUUUUCCAAAACACUGCAUAAUUAAAUGAGAUUCCGCUUGAA